GACCGGGACCCGGAGGCCGCGCUGAGCCGUAGCGGUCACAGACUCAAUGCCCAGCGGGGGCAGAAGCAGCCAGGCUCUGCGGUCUGUUCUCAGGUCCAUGCUCCGGAUUUUUGGCAUUUUCUUGAUAACACAAUUGUGUCAUUCGGAAGCUCAACAAUGCGACCCAGGCGAAUAUGAAAUAAAUGGCGAAUGCUGUCCCAUGUGCAGCGCUGGGAGCAGGGUGGUCAAACAUUGUAGACUAAGUAGGAGCACAACUUGCAUGCCCUGUGUGGAUGACACGUAUACAGAGCAGCCCAAUCACUUAACAAAGUGCAUGAGAUGUAAAGUCUGCGAUGCAGGAGCCAGACUGAUGGUAAAAGAAAAAUGCACGUAUAGGAAGAACACCGUAUGUGGCUGCGCCCCGGGGGAUUUCUGCAGGCAUGGUGCAGGCGGGGACUGUGAAAUGUGUAGUGCCUCCACCAUCUGCCUCCCUGGCUUUAAAGUGAAAAUACUUGGUAAGGCGAUGUAACUUCUCUAAUACCAAGGCAAAACUCUGCAGUCACA